UUUUCCUCUUUCUGCAUUCAACUAAAAGAAAUGAAAAAGGGAAAAAAGGAAAAAGAAAAUAAGGAGAUCAUUUGAAAAUUUGAAAAGGUGAAUACACUGAAGUAGUCUAAAAUAAAAUGAUGGAAGUAAGGUAAAAUUUGAAAAAACUUAGACAAAAGUAAAAAAUAUAGUAAUGACAAUUGAAGAAAAAUAUUUUUAAUAAAAAUUGAAAAUAAAAAUGAAUGUUUUCUCUUUCUGUAUUCAAGAAAAAGAAGUGUAAAGAGGAUAAAAAAGAAAGAAAGAAAAUUGAAUAGAUGGACCUGCUAAGAGAUUGAAGUAGGACUGAAACUACUUCGUUUUCCCCUACAGGUCAGUCCAUAUAGCUCUUUAUAGUGUUGAAAUUAAGCUGGUGGUGAGGUUUUGUUCUUGAAGAUCAAAGUUCGCCCAGUUGGGCAGGGCUUGGUGUAACAGCUCCGCUCUCCACUAGAUGGCGCUGCUAGCCUACUGGGGUGGAUUGUUGCGGUGCUCGUAGAUGCAUAUGCGCAUGCCAGGAAUGGUGAAAAUGGCGCCGUCCAGCUACCCAGUCUCUUCUCCCAGAGCAGCAAUUAGGCACCAGUCCUCUGUCUUCAGGUCUCGUCCACUCCCCGCUUUUUUACUCUCUGUGACCAGGCCCCAGGCAGCACCUCUCUCCCGAGUUUUGUCUCAGAUGUGGCUGUUUUCCCCAGCCCCUUACUUCUGAAGGACUGCGGCCUUGAUCCAUUCAGCCCCUCUGUGGGAGGGUCUGACUGAGCAAUGGCAUAAUGAGCAAUGGCCGAAUGUCAGCUGCACCCAGGAAUGCCGCUGGACUCUGCUGUUGCUGGUGCCCCGAGACUGUGGCCAGGUGCCAGCCCGCCCCAAAGAAAGAGCGCGAGACAGUGUAGCCUCAGUGUUUCAGGGACCAUGGAAAAUCGCAACACACAUCUGGCACCAGGCUUUACCUUCAACAACCUUGCCCCAGAACCAGUGAAGUUGGCUGCCUUCCGGGGUCUGCUGGGACCAGGUGGCUUCAACAGUCGCUACCAAAUGUCCUUCCAGCAGUGGAACCACUUUUCCCCAUGUGGCCUGAGAACCUCCCAGACCCCACUCUGUUCCUGGGGAUUCACCUUUCCCACCAGAGCACUGCCAGGUAUUGAGCUGCAGAGUUGCAGCCUUUGCGCUCCCCUUGUUUACAGUCUUAAUUCAAAUUAAACCCUCUCCUUUCUCCCUUUUUAGUUUAGUCCCUGCGGCCGUAUCCAAUUUUCCACUUUCCUCCAGCUGCUUUUGGGGAGGGGUGCUUUUCCCGUAUUCUCCGCCCCCAGCCCCCGCAGUCUCCAUCGUCUCUCUGCUCGCAAAAGCACCUCCCUUCCUGCGCCUUCUCGUUCCCCAAGUUCACUUCUCCAUGCCACGUACCUGCUGAAUUCUGUGGUUCAGGUUGUGCAGAUUUUUGUGUUAAUCCUCCAGUCAGUUUUCUAGGAGUGUAGGAUGGUUCAGUGUUGGUCUGGCUGUAUUUCAUGGAUAUGAGACACACAAAAUACUUCCAUGCUGUUCCGCCGUCUUGGCUCCUCUCCUCAUUAAUGAUUUACUUUUAUGGUAAUGUGGAACGAAAGUGGAACUAAUUGAUCAAUGUAAUGAGUACACCAUUUAUUCAAAUAGUUACUUAUAAAAUGCCAUGACUGGUCUUAAACAUGAUAAACACACCCCCUGCCAACUUUUGAUUUUUUUGAAGAUUUCUCUUAAAAAUUACUAAAUGCUUGAUCUUGACAGGAAACAUGUGGUAAGAAAGAAUGGACCAAAAAAAUGGAAGUUCUUUCACUGGCUUUAUCCUGCUGGGUUUCUCUGACCGGCCUCAGCUGGAGCGAGUCCUCUUUGUGGUUCUUCUCAUCUUCUAUCUGCUCACCCUGCUGGGAAACACAAGCAUCAUUGCAUUGUCCCGCCUGGACCCACACCUGCAGACUCCCAUGUACUUUUUCCUGUCCAACCUAAGCUUUCUGGACCUGUGUUACACGACCAGCACUGUUCCUCAGCUGCUGGUUCAUCUCAGGGGAGCAGACAAGUCUAUCUCCUUCGCUGGCUGUGUGGCUCAGCUGUUCGUCUCUCUAGGAUUGGGAUGCACAGAAUGCAUUCUGUUGGGGGUGAUGGCAUUUGACCGCUACGCAGCCGUCUGCAGGCCCCUGCACUACACAGUGAUCAUGCACCCCCGUCUCUGUGCCCUGAUGGCUUCUGCAUCGUGGUUCAUUGGUUUUGCCAACUCCUCGUUGCAGUCAGGGCUCAUCUUCCUUGUACCACUUUGUGGAAGAAAUAAAAUAGAUCACUUCUUUUGUGAGGUCACCCCACUACUCAAGCUUGCCUGUGUUGACACCACUGAGAAUGAGAAUGAGAUCUUCUUUGUCAGUGUGAUCAUUCUCCUCAUACCUGUGGCAUUAAUCACGUUCUCCUAUGGUCAGAUAGUCAGGGCAGUGUUAAGAAUAAAGUCAGCUUCAGGGCAGAGGAAAGCAUUUGGGACAUGUGGGUCCCACCUCACCAUUGUCUCCCUGUUCUAUGGCACAGCCAUCUACAUUUACGUCCAGCCCAGCAACAACUACUCCCAGGAUCAGGGCAAGUUCAUUUCUCUCUUCUACACCAUCGUCACCCCCAUGGCCAAUCCCUUCGUGUAUACCCUGCGGAACAAGGAUGUGACAGGAGCAAUGAAGAAGGUGUUCUGUCAGGACUAUGACUCUAGAUGA